AUGGAGUAUUGUAUAGCACAAUCAAUUUUCAAAGGUAAAUUGUCAAGCGAUCAUGAAGUUGAAUUUCUAACAAUUUUCAAUGAUAUAGUAAAAAAGCAUAAAACAAAAACUGCAAUUUUAUAUGAAGAUGAUUUAAAUACAAAAUUUAUUUCAUUCGAAGAAAUGGAUAUAAUGUCUAAUCGGAUGGCAAGGGUAUUUCAGCGUUAUUCCGAUCGCAACAAAUCAGAAUAUAAAAUUAUUGGAGUUUCUCUGAAACCAUCAGAGUACUUACCGGUAAUAUUAUUAGCAAUUAUGAAAGCUGGUUUGGCAUAUUUACCAAUCGACACUGAACUUCCAGAAGACCGACUUACACAUAUUUUAGAAGAUUCUCAGCCAUUAAUGUGUAUUGUCGAAGUAACAGCUGAUAUUAGUAUAUAUAAUAAUGUAUUGUUAUUCACUGAUAAACAAAUAAUACUUGAAUCAGAAAAUGAAUCCGGAGUAAUUGAAAUUGAUAAUGAUGAAUCUAAAAUUGCUAUUAUCUUAUAUACAUCUGGUAGCACAGGUACACCUAAAGGUGUAAAAUUACAAUAUUCGGCAUUGAUGAAUCGACUGACUUGGCAAUGGAAAACAUUACCUUAUAAACAAGAUGAAGACUAUUGUAUUUUUAAGACAGCAUUAACAUUCGUCGAUAGUGUUUGUGAAAUUUGGGGUCCACUACUUCAAGGUCGUACAUUAACAGUUAUUCCUAAAUAUGUAACAAAAGAUCCUGAAAAGUUUGUUAUAAUUUUGAACAAGUAUAAAAUUCAACGAAUUGUUUUAGUUCCAUCUUUAUUGAAAUCUUUUCUGAUGUAUUUAAAUUUUCAGCAAGAUAAAGAUUGUCUUAAAUCGUUGAAACUAUGGAUUUGUUCGGGGGAAACACUAUCACCAUCUCUGGUUCAAGAGUUUUUUAUUUGGUUUUCUAAACAAAAUAAAGUUAUUGCUAAUCUCUAUGGUAGCACAGAAAUAAUGGGCGAUGUUACAUUUUAUUUAAUAACCGAAAAUGAUCCAUAUAUAUAUGAAAGUAAAAUGCCGAUAGGUAAACCAAUCGAUAACAAUAUUGUAUAUAUUGUAAAUGAAGAUUUGUGUUUAUUAUCUCAUGGUGAAAUUGGCGAAUUAUUAAUUUCUGGAAAAAAUCUAGCUAACGGAUACAUUCAUGAUAAUAAUUCACAGAAGUUUAUAAAUAAUCCAUUUUCUUUAGAACAAGGUUUUUCAAGAAUUUUCCGAACUGGCGAUUAUGCUAAAAUAGAAAAUAACCAUAUAUUUUAUGAAGGACGUAGAGAUAAUCAAAUAAAGAUAAGGGGCCAUCGAAUAGAUAUUACAGAAAUAGAAAAGGCUGUAUUGAAAUUGUCCAUAGUAAAGAAUGCUGUAGUUUUAUCAUCCAAUGUCAGUGAAUCUGAACAGAUUUUACUAUGUUUUCUGGUGCUUAAUGAUAAAAAUUUAAAUACUGAAAUAAAAGAAAUUAAAUCUAUCUUGAGUAAAAUAUUAUUAUCGUAUAUGAUACCAGAAAUAAUUAUAUUAGAUAAUAUUCCACUACUUAUAAAUGGGAAAACUGAUCGUCAAAAAUUAUUGGAAGUUUAUAGAACAUCACACAAAUUCAGUGAAAGCAAAAUAUGCCACUACGAUUACACUGAUGUUUCAAAAGAAGACUUAACAAAGGCAACUAUAUUAUUUAAAAUAAUAGAUUCAGUUCUCAAUUUAAAAAAUAAAAAUUAUUUAAAUAUACAUUCAAAUUUUUAUGAACUUGGUGGAAAUUCUCUAAACUCUGUUUACACGGUUUUAAAACUGCGCGAAAAAGGUCUUCAUAUUGGAAUUACAGAUUUCAUAACCGCAACAUCGAUGAAAAGUAUUCUGGACAAAAUAAAAGUAGGUAAUUCCACUGAGAUUGUUGAAGAUGUUACAGAUAUGAAUGAAUGUGUAUUAGAAAUGCUAAAUGAAUCUCACAAAGAAGAUGUAAUCAAUAUGAUCACCGAAAGCUUCUUUAGAAAAGCUGAUCUUGAAAGAUGGUUGUUACCAGAAAUCAAAAAAGAAGAUUAUUUUUAUCUUUUGCAAGAAUUAUGGACUCCAUUAGUAGAAGCAAAUUUUAGUUUCAUAUUAAAGUCUUCAUCUAGUAACAAAAUUCUUUGUGUUGCUUUAAAUUUUGACGCUAGAGAAGAACCUGAAGUCUGUAUUCAAUCAAAAUUAAAUAUUAUAUUUGAUUUCUUAGAAUAUCUCGAGAAACCAAUAAGAGAAAAAUUACCUGAAGGAAAAAAUAAAAUUUUUCAUACCUUUAUGAUGGCAACAAAUGACAACCUUAAUGCUGCAGAAAACGUUUUUCUCAUGAGGCUUAUGGAACAAAAAUGUCUAGAAAUAGCAGAAAAAAAUAAUUUUGUUGGUAUUUUUACUACAAAUACAAGCCCAUUAACUCAGCAACUUGGAACAGAUGUCUUUAAAUAUGAAAUAAUGUUAGAUUAUCAAGUGAAUCAAUAUAUUACACCUGAAGGUUUAAAACCAUUUGGAAAAGCAUCGAAUGAUCAACGAGCAGUCGUUUCUUGGAAAAAAAUUGGUUUUUGACAAUAAUAUAACAAAUUAAUUAUAUAAUUUAAUUAUA